UCAUCAUCUUCUAGUUAUUUACUUUAUGUGUAAAAAUGUCCUUUCUGGAGGAGAAUUCAGGAGUGAAAAUGGACUCAGAAGACCAGGAAAAGGCUGAGCCCCAGUGCUGCUCAGGAGGCCCACUUGGAAGCCCCCAUGAGCCAGUGCCUCCCCUGCCCUCUGUGAAUUCUGUCUGUACAAGGUCAAUGGUGAAGCCCAGAGAGGCCCAGAAAUUCAACAUCCAAGAUGAAGAUCACAAAGUGUUGGUUCUGGACUGUGAGAUCCUGAAAGCAGUUCCAAAUAAGCAGUACACACGCCCAGAGAUCUUCUUCAUUUUACCCUCACGUUUGCGCUCAGCAAAAGCUGACAGAGGGAGCCCGGUUCUCUUGGCAGUUAACAAUGAAGAGUUCUGCCUCUGCUGUGAGAAGGACUGUGGGAAAAGGAGACCAUCCCUUUGUCUGAAGAAGAAGAAGCUCAUGGAGCUGGCUGAGCAGAAGGAGCCAGCACGCCGGCCCUUUAUCUUCUACAGGGCUAAGGUGGGCUCCCGUGACACACUGGAGUCAGCUGCUUACCCCGGGUGGUUCAUGUGCACCUCCUGCAAUUCUGGUGAACCUGUGGCAAUGACAAACAAAGUUGGAAGAAGGAAACACAUUGAGUUUUAUUUUACAAGAGUGAGAACUCCAGCAAAUUCAGCCAUUUAAGUAAUUUACGCAUUGAAAACCCAUGAUGUACCAUUGCCUGUUUGCUUGCAAACAUGGUGUGGGUUUUUUGUUCCCCUUUAAAAGUUCACUGAAGGGUUUUGGCACAAAACAAACAAAAAUUCACUGCAGGGCCAGGUGUG